AAGGCUGAGGCCACCCGCAGUCAGCCUGCAACAUCAGGCCGCCAUUCAUCUCCAUAGUCUGCACCGACUGAAGACCUCUUUUCGCAUACAAGCAAACAGCACGUAUCAGUCAUCUACAUCAGCGGAUCGAUCUACACCAGCGUUCAAAAUGGCUGCGCAGGUAGAGCCCGAAAUCGUUCUAUACGACCUAGCAUGCACCAAAGGUGUCUGUUUCUCACCCGCAGUAUGGCGCAUUCGUCUCAUGCUCAACUACAAGCGCAUUCCAUACAAGACGAUCUUUAUUGAGUUUCCAGAUAUCGAACCAACACUUAAAGGACUCGGCAUCCACCCCGCCGAGUCCUCUACGGGUUCCAAGUACACAGUCCCAGCCAUCUACCACAUCCCGACGAACACCUACACCAUGGAUUCGACCCUCAUCGCCCAAUUUCUGGAAGCAACAUAUCCAGAUCGACCAAUUCCCUUGACCUCCGAGCUUGGCCGCGAUAUCGAAUCUAAAUCACGUAAGGUGAUAGGUCCCAUAUUCCGCGACUCAAUCAUACCACGUGAGGUGAGCAUCCUGUCACCUCGAUCGCAGGAGUACUUCCGACGAACGCGCGAAGCUGCUAUGGGAUGCAAGCUCGAGGAGCUGCUGGAUAGCGAGAAGGAAGAGUUGGCGUGGCGCAAGGUUGAAGACGAUAUACGCACCGUUGAGCAGUUGCUCCUGACAAACGAGAAAGAAGGGCAGUUUGUAUUGGGAGCGAGGCCGAGUGCGACAGACUUCUUCCUUGCUGGAUCAUUGCAUGCGGCGAGGACGGUUGAUGAAAGCGUGUUCGCGAGGAUCGCGAACUAUCCAGGGUUCAAGAAGAUCUACGAGGCGUGUGUGCCAUAUAUGCAGGGGCAGGAGGUGCCGGAUCUCACAAAUUAG